AUGACGGACGCCCAGGCAUUGGGCGCUGCCAUGUCGCAAAGCAACGGCUUUCCCAAUGCGCCCAUGGAUAUUUUCGGACAACAUCCCGUUGCUAACUACAACCUUAUGAUGGCCCUGGCAAUGUCCGCCAACCAGGCCUCGCCCCUCCCGACCGUUACACCCUCACAAGUGUCCCUCCCAAACAACAUGAACGACGGUGGAGACCCCCUCGCCGUCGGCAACGGCCUCCAUCCUGCCGCCGCAGCUGCCGCCGCUGCCGGUCAGAACCUCGAAUCCUUUGCGCGCAUCGAGUUUGCCGACAGCACUUUUCAGAUGACGACCUAUGCCGUGAUCAUUGGACGCGAUCAGCGCGCUUUGGAACAAGCCCGCGUAGACGAGAAACGGGCUGAGCAGCAUCAGCGCCACAUCGAAGAAAAUGCGGCUCUUGGGCUGCCGCCGCCUUCACCCCCGCAAGACUACCGCGGCAAAUUCAGCAAGUCGUAUGUCAGCGAGGAGGGCGGCAUGCUGGGGCCAGAGUCAGACGGCGAGGACAACCCGCGCCCGGCUAAGCGAAGGAAAACGAACUCAGGAGGUUCGAACUCGAAUAAGGCUGAGCAACAGCCGCUGCCGGAUGUUGAGGAGCAAAAUGCGCAGGGCAACAAAAAGGACUUGAUCUCCGACAGGCAAUACGUCUCCCACACUCCUGGUGCUGCUGCAGUGGACCUCGCUUCACUUAGACCGUCCCCCUAUCAUGUUCCUUUCAUAGGGAUACAUUCUCCUGGGCCCAACAUAGCUGCCAACACCAAGGCCAUAUCCCGUGAGCACCUGAAGAUCCAGUUCAAUCAGGAAAAGGGUGUCUUCGAGGCCAUCCCGCUGCACAGGAAUGGUUUCUUCCACGAGGAAGUUCACCAUAGAGAGGAGAAGGUGGUGUUGAGGAGUGGUGAUCACCUCCAGAUCAAAGAUGUCGAGUUCACCUUCAUCAUUAAUGGCGUCCCCGAGGGUAAGACUGGCGCGGAGCAAUACUUUGAUGAGGAGGAAUCAACCAGCAAAAAAUGUUAUUCAGAAGGUGGUAAGGAGAUGAGUUUCGAGUUUGAGAGCUCUCAUGGUGGCGAGCUUCGCGAUACCAGUGAAGAUGAAUCCGAGAAGGAGGAUGCCGAGAAUGAAGGGUCCGAUGACGAGGGCGAGGAAGACGAAGAAGAAGAGGGUAAUGAAGAUGAGGACGACGAGGAAGUCCUAGAAACGGUCGAGUCAGACCAGGAUGUAAAACCUGAACCUGAACCCGAACCUCUCCCGCUACAAUUACCGAUGCCACCUAAGAAGAGAGGUCCAGGUAGACCUCCCAAAAAUGGUAUCAUGUCGAAGCGAGAGGAAAGAUUACUGAAGAAACAAGCUCUUGAAGCGGCGAAAAAGAAGCUGCCUCAACCGCCCCCGGGUGAGCCGCCCAUUAAGAGGAAGGUCGGCCGUCCCAGGAAGCAUCCGCUGCCGGAAGAUCAGCCCGAUAAACCAGAAAAGCGAAAGUACAAGCCGCGGAAACCAAAGAAUGAGGAUGGAGCUGAGGGCUCGGAUGCAGAAAAGGCACCCAAGGAGAAGAGGAGGGAAAAGCCGAAGACGCCUCCUUUGGAGUUGAAGAUGGAGGACUUCACUGAAGAACAACUCCAGAAGCCAAAUAAGAAUUACGGCGUGCUGAUCGAUGAGGUUCUAUCAGAUGCGCCGCCUGAGGGUCUCACCCUUAAACAGAUUUAUAAAAGGAUACAGAAACGUUAUCCUUAUUACUUUUUUGUUGUGGAUACGAAGGGAUGGGAGAGCAGCGUACGGCAUAACCUUAUUGGGAACGAUGCAUUCAAGAAGAAUGAAGAGACACACCUAUGGUGCCGUGUACCUGGAAUUGAGUUGGAUGCUGGAAAGAAGCGCAAGGCAGCGUCUCCCGAUCAGACUGCGGCAUCAAUGGGAACGUGGGCAUGGCUGCUCAAGGCUAUCCUCCUGGCACAAUGCCGCCACAGCGGUUCCCACCGAAUGGCCAAGCUUAUGCUGGUCACCAAGGCAGUCCUCCUUAUGGAGCUCAAGCGCCUGCUCCAGGAGCUCACAUUCCUGGACGACCAGGCUAUCCUAUGCCGGCGCAGGCGCCAACUCCAGCGCAACUUCCAGGUUAUGGCACUCCUGGAGCUCCUCGGCCCCAGCUUUAUCAAGAAGUUCUCAACUCAAGUAGUUGCGCAACUUGAUAAGCGGACACCGCGGGCCGAGGCUAUCGCGAUGUCCGUUGUCAAUCGUGGUCUUGGUCUAGCACAAGAUAGCAUCGUACCAGAGCAUGAUGCAUUUGAGAAGGUCAUUCUGGGGGUGUUCGAGACCUACAAGACAUCCUACCCGAAACAACUUUCUCAGGAGACUACAGAUCCAGCUGUUCUUGCACGGGCUGCCUCAGGGCAGUUCCUCGAUCCUCAGCUCGUUCUUGUGAUUAUGCGCUUCAAAGCAAGCAUGCUUGAGAUUAUCAAGUCGAAGCUUGGAGCUCAGAAAUCAGAGGUGCUCAUUCUCUCAGCUAUUGACCGAGUUCUUGGCUUCACGGAGAAGACGGUCACGUACACGGAGAGCGAGGCAGAGCGCAAAGAAUUUGCUGAUGCGGAGAACAUCUUGAUACCUGCUUUGAAGGCCAAGAUCGACGAAUACUUGAGAUCUCAGCCUCCGCCGAGUCGCUGA